AUGCCAACGUUCUGUGUUAUGCAGGGCACUGCUGAUGAUGUUGUUGACUACUCCCACGGGCAACAUCUGUACGAACUGUGCCAAGAAAAAUACGAACCUUUGUGGAUCAAAGGUGGGAACCACUGUGACCUGGAAUUGUAUCCCGAGUACAUCAAGCACCUCAAAAAAUUUGUUCACACUGUCGAGAAACCACCCUCGCAGAGACACAUGUCGAGAAGAAGCAUGGAUCAUCCAGAAUAUUCUAGAAGGAGCACUGACUGUGUUGACGCACCAAGAAAGAGCACCAACAGGAUAGAGAAGCCGAGACGGAGUACUGACAGGCCUGAAAAGCUGAGAAUGUUUGAAUGCAAAUUUUACGGCAACAACAGUGAAGACAAGCUAUCCAAGUUAAAGGUCUCGUUCGAACAAAUGGAAAAAUCUAGAAGGAGCGUGGAGUAUCACGACAAUUCCCGGAUGAGUAUCGAUGUUCAGAUGGAGAAAGCCCGGAAGAGUGUUGACUGGCUGGAUCGGGUACGGGCCACAUGA